AUGAUAAAAGCCAUUUUAAUAUUCAACAACCACGGCAAGCCGAGGCUGUCCAAGUUCUACGAGCAUUACACUGAAGACACAGAGCAACAGAUCAUCAGGGAAACAUUCCACUUAGUGUCCAAAAGAGAUGAGAAUGUCUGCAAUUUCCUUGAAGGUGGAAUGUUGAUUGGGGGAUCUGACUACAAGCUGAUCUACAGACACUAUGCCACGUUGUACUUUGUGUUCUGCGUGGACUCCUCAGAGAGUGAACUAGGAAUUUUAGAUUUAAUACAGGUAUUUGUGGAAACGCUGGACAAAUGUUUUGAGAAUGUCUGUGAACUUGACCUCAUUUUUCACGUAGACAAGGUUCACAACAUUCUGGCUGAGAUGGUGAUGGGCGGGAUGGUGCUGGAGACCAAUAUGAAUGAGAUAAUCACCCAGGUGGACGCCCAGAAUAAGAUGGAGAAGUCUGAGGCUGGUAUUGCAGGAGCCCCCGCUCGUGCCGUAUCAGCGGUAAAGAACAUGAACCUCCCGGAAAUGCCCAGAAACAUCAACAUUGGCGACAUCAGCAUCAAAGUGCCAAAUUUGCCGUCCUUCAAAUAG